AUGCCUACUAUGCCAGGUAUGCCACCCAUGCCAACACUGGCUCCAGGCCCUUCAGCCCGUCGGCCACGUCGCAAGUCGACUGGUGGCGCACUACCAGCGAUUCCUAAUCUUGUACCGUCUCCUGGCCGGCAGGUUGUGGCACUCCCUCCAGGCUAUCCUUACGCACCCUAUGAGCAACCCUACCAAGUAGCACACGUUCCUGCAGGAUAUCCUGCUUAUCCUCCGGCGCAUUAUCCGAACAACCCCCACGGCCGCAUCAUGUAUAUUGACAACACCCCAUGGGCUGGCUACACUGCGCUCCCCCCUGCGGACGAGCCUCCUCAGCUGCACAACCUGCUUGCAUACGGAAACCGAGGUGGACCUGGCCACAUUGAAUGGGACAUCCGCAACCAUCCCGACACGGCGCGGGUAAUUUGGAACAAUGGUCGACAAGAUAUGCUAUCCAAGUAUGAGUCUACCAUGGCCUUCACUCCUGGCCUGCCCCGCAUCCGUCUGAUCUGCAAAGAUCUGCUACCUUGGCAAAUAACUGUCGCAUCCCCGGACGGCGGCGCUAUCACUAUCAAUGAUAUCUUUACCAGUAUUUGGAAAGAACUUCAUCGCCCGCUCGCCGAAUCCGAGUACUGGGCUUGCGGCGAGAAAGAGCGUGCAAAAUUGACCGAGACAUGGACGAAGGAGGUUAAGAGCUCGUCAGGCAAAGACAGGCAUAAUCAGGGAGUCCUCCGUGUCGAUUGGGCAGGGAGUCGAACCGUUUUUGCUGGGCUUGGAGUCGAUCAAGACUUCAUUACUUCUCGCGUCCAGGACGAACGCCUCCAUCCGGAGGUUUGGGUCCUGUAUCUUCGCUCUGCGUAG